AUGAUCCUCAUGAUCAUUGGCGAGAUAUGCAACUUUGUGGCGUACGCUUUUGUGGACGCUAUCCUCGUAACACCGCUAGGCGCCCUCUCCGUUGUGAUCACGACGAUCUUGUCUGCGAUCUUUUUAAAGGAGCGGCUGAGUUUCGUCGGACAGGUGGGCUGCUUUACCUGCAUACUGGGAUCAGUGGUGAUCGCGUUGAAUGCGCCUGAGCAGUCGUCUGUAUCCAAUAUCCAGGAUAUGAAGGAGUAUGUGAUUGCGCCAGGGUUUCUGGCGUAUGCUGGUGUUGUCAUAGUGGGCUGUACAUUCACGGCCUUGUGGGCAGGUCCGCGAUAUGGCAAGCGGAGCAUGUUUGUCUACAUCAGCAUAUGCAGCUUGAUUGGAGGUUUGAGUGUGGUUGCCACUCAAGGUCUAGGAGCGGCUAUUCUGGCCCAGAUCAAUGGCGAGGCUCAAUUUAACCAGUGGUUCAUGUAUGUGCUACUGGUAUUUGUGAUUGCGACUCUAUUGACUGAGAUCAUCUAUCUCAACGUGAGUGUCCUAACCUUGAUUUUUGAUGACCGUACUAAUCCAUAG